GUCAAAACAAUCAUGUGAUCAAUUGAUAUCGGUUCUGUGUAUGUUUAACAAGAAUUAAAUACAUUUAUUGCUCUUUAUUUCUUUUAUUUAAGUGGGGUUUGUUGCCCUGUGUGUAGCGUCAUUAUUGCUCUUGAUUGGUCAAUUUCCGAGAAACCUAGAAAAGUAGUAAAUUAGGUGAUAUAAAGCAUUUAUAAUGACAUCUAAACCCACUUGUCUAAUUGUGGCCAGUGCAGCAUCUGCAGGAGUAUCAGCUCGUUCAUUCCAUCAGUGUUUCAGUCUGUGCAGUUCAGUGUUUAACCUGCAAACAGCGACACCUGGAGGGAAGCCCAUUGAGUUUGUUGGUGUGGAUGAGAGCACAUCACGAUGGGUACAAGAGUUCAGCAUCAAACCGUACGCCAGCCCGGCCAAACUGGAGUCUAUUGAUGGUGCUCGGUACCAGGCGCUGUUGAUUCCUGACGGUCCGGGGGCCCUGAAUGAUCUCGCCCACAGCGGCUCCCUCGCCAGAAUCCUGUCACACUUCAUCACUCAGCAGAAGCCCGUAUGUGCUGUGGGUCAGGGUGUCGCUGCGCUUUGCUGUGCCACAGAGCAACAGAAGUGGAUAUUUCGCGGCUACAGCAUGACUGGGCCCUCAGUGUUUGAGCUGGUGCGUUCUCCAGAAUUUGCCAAUCUGCCACUGAUUGUGGAGGAUUUCAUUAAAGACAGCGGUGGAUCUUACACAGCAAGCAUCGAGGACGCUGUACACGUGGUUCUGGAUCGCCACCUAGUGACGGGGCAGAAUAUUCAAUCAACAACUGCGGCCGUCAAUAACCUCAUACUCCUGUGUAACAGCAGAUAAACACUUCACCUGUUCAGGUGUGCCAGAG